ACUUUUGGAAAGAAAUUAAGCCGAGCAUUCUGACGAAAUCAACAAGCAACGACAAUGUAUUUGGAUUCAUGAUUAUGGGUAAACAGGCAAAACGCUAUACUCUUUCUCACUCUCUAACUCUCUCAUGGUUUUUUUUUUCAACAAAUGUUGAAAGACAGGGAUAUCACAGCUUUAAAGCAACACUUCCUGUGCUCCUGUAGAGGAUGAUUUCCAUCAAGGCCUAGCUUCCUGUACUACCUCAUCAAGGCCUGAACAGAUCAGGAUAUAGCACUCAGGGUGAAGGAUCUCACAAGAUCAUGAUGCAGAGAGCAGUGUUGGCAACCCUGGGCCUACUGACCUUACUAGGUGUGGCCAGCCUAGCCUAUGCCGAUUGCCCUGCCUACUGGACCCAUUUCCGUCGGCACUGCUACCGGUUCUUUGGUUCUCACAAGACAUGGGGGGAUGCUGAGGCCCACUGCAAUGGCUUCAGCUCCAACAGCCAUUCUGACGAGGAAACCAUUGCCCACCUAGUGUCCAUCAUCAGCCAAGCAGAGAACGACUUCGUCUACACGCUGUGGGCCUCGUCUAGGGAAACCUCUAGCAACGCCUCCCAGCUCUGGCUGGGCUUCUACAAGCCCUACGGACGCAACUACUUCACCUGGUCAGACAGCAGGGACAUUGGCUUCACCUUCUGGGACAUCCAGAGACCCAACAAUGUCGGCGGUAAUGAGGACUGCGUAGAGAUGUGGGAGGAGGAGAUUGAACAUCACCGUCUCAAGUCCUGGAAUGACAGACCUUGUCUGAACAAAGCCAGCUAUAUAUGCAAGAUGCAGAUGACACUGAGACCUGUUUAAAAAUCCUCAUCUUCACAGAUAUUUUAAGUACCUGUAUCAGGGACUCCUCGAAUAUACUACUCAAACAAGGACAGGUUAUGCUUGCAAUGAAGAGAUUGAAGAAAGACACUGAGGAAAGAGACUGACUAGAAGUCUAGAUCUUCUACAAUCAGAUCCAGCCCCAUGUUGGCAAUUCCCAAUUGUCAACAUAUUUUUGUGCAGGCAUGCUUAUCGGAAAAUUUUAUUCAAUAACAGAACUUAUUUUUAACCUGAUAUAAGUGAACAGGAAUUAAAAACAAAAAUAAUGAAUGCAUUUUUACUUGUGCUCAAAUGGCCCGUCUUAGAAGAUUUAAUCAAGAAAAUAUAGAACACAAGCUAAAAGUAAUGAACAAAUGCAUGAGAUUUGCUGCAUAUCAACUUCUAUACCGAAUAUUUAUAAUGUUUGGCAAUGAUUGAAAUAAUUGUCUGCCUUACUAGUAACUGCCAGCAGAUGUGAGUUACUGCAUGAGGCAAAAUAAAAUGCAAAACAGUUCUUUUACACUUUUGUCCUGCUGAGUGCUAUUAGGUCAGUAAGAUUGAGACAUCACAUUUUUAUCCCCACAAGCAAAGAACACGGUUAUGGGAGCAAGUGCUACGGUGUACGUACAUGUCAUGUCAGUAUACAUUUAUCAGCAUUGGGGGUAAAACCAUUGUUCUUCACAAAAUAGAUUCCAAUCAAUCUUGCUUAUUACAACUUGCGUCUAAAUCUGGUAGUUUGUGGAUACAGCUUUGUGACUAUGGUGAAAGCCACAACAACGCUCAUUUCAGGUCUGACAUAAAAAUGACUUGAAGCUUUGCAUGGUUGAAUGUACACAAGAAUGGGAUCUGCAGAUGACAUUAGGUGAAUAUUAGGCAGUGGCUGAAUCACAACAGUUAUGGCCAGCAAUAACAUACGAGUAUAGGGGAAUGGCUGCAGCCGUUAGCCAGUGGCUUCCACAGAUGCAUGUUAUUUCAGAACAAAGCCAAGGGCUUUGGGCACGUCCUUACACUCUUUAAGACAUUUUGGUUCCCAUCAAAGUGACUAUUGGUGAGAAUUUUUUCUUAGAGGUUAAGACUAUACUCUGUCCCUCACUCCUUCAGGUUUCUCCUGAGGAUGGAUGGAAUAUAUUAUCCAAAACAUAGCUCACUGCAGUAUCAUUCUUGAAUCAUUUAAGCAGAUUGCAUCUGACAGGACUCAUAAAUACUACUCAAUAAACCAUUACUGGGUAACAGCACAGUGGUUUUCCCACUCAAUGUAAUGGCUUAAAUCGACCACAAAAUCUAAGUCAGAAUCUCUGAAACCUUUUAAGAUGGUUGGUUUUUAUUACUCAGUUCAACUAUUCUGAGUGCAAGUAGCAGACAGGCCAAGUGAAUACAUUUAGUUCACAAAACAGAUGCAUUUCAAAAAAAAUAUUCUGACGUUUUUCACAAAUGGUUUUUCCAUCUACCUGAAUUGGCAAAACGUACCGGUACACUGGCUCAAAUUGACCACAUGAAGGCAUUCAUACAAAAAAUGUUAAAACAAAAAAAUUGCAGAAUUUGGUUUCAGGUGUGACAGCGGGUCAUGUAUGAUAUUAGUGCUACUUCAGGGUUACAGCUUCCCAUGUUGGCAACAGACAAAACAGAUGUCAUACUAAUGACUUCAAUUUAGUAUGGAUGGGGCAUGUAAAAGCUUCAAAUCGCUGUAAGUUCUAACCCCAAAACAUGGACUUUCUGAUGGCAGUACAGACCAAUUGAGGCACGGUGUCACUCCUAUCAUGAUGGCCCCCUUCAAUGGCAGAAACAUUGUGCUAGCUAUUGUCCAGACAAUCCGUCAUGGGGCAGUAGCUCUGCA